UCGUUGGACUGUUGUCUAUUGUACGGGUCGUACGUUUUGCUAUGGCGAUGCGUGUUUCAGGAUGAUCUCCGCGCGCAACAAAGAUGAGAUUGUGCGAUUCUACACGGUCACCGACCCUACAACACACAAGAAAGGCUACACGGUGUAUAAAGUCACGGCCCGGAUUAUCUCAAGAAACAACCCAGAAGACAUUCAGGAGAUCACAGUGUGGAAGAGAUAUAGUGAUUUCAAAAAGCUUCAUCAAGACCUUUGGCAGAUAUACAGAAACCUCUGUGGGCAGUCAGAGCUCUUCCCACCCUUCGCCAAAGCUAAAGUUUUUGGUCGUUUUGAUGAUUCUGUGAUUGAAAAGAGAAGGCAGUGCUCAGAGGAUUUGUUGCAGUUCAGUGCUAAUAUUCCUGCUUUGUAUGGCAGCCCCUACAUUCAGGAUUUCUUUAAGGGCGGAGAGGUACAAGAUAGCUCUGAGCUAAUUGGACCAGCUGAACCCUUUUCUGAUUUUCUAGCUGACAGUCUGUUAGACAGCAGUUCUGAAGUUUCAGCAGAUAUCAGUGUUGUGGUGGAUGAUUUGAUAGUGACCAACCCAUGUGAACAUGAACGUGGCAGCUCUGACAGCGAGCUGAAUUCUUUCGAGGUUGAUGGAGACUCUUUGGUUGCUGUGGAUGAUGGAAUGGCAUCAGGCAGCAUCAAGCACUCCAGUCAUAGCAGCGGGACACUGAGCUUCGCCUCUGGUCUUAAGAACUGCACAGGACAACUAGACUACCUAGAAAAGGCCAGCGAGCAGAUCUCCCUAGCUGUCCAGAAAGAGGUGGAGCAGGACUUUGCGGUGGCUUUUUCCUACUAUCGUAGAGGUGUGGAUCUUUUACUGCAGGGUGUACAAGGAGAGGUGAGUCCCAGCCGAAGGGAGGCUGUGAAGAGGAAGACAGCCGAGUAUCUGAUGCGUGCUGAGCUCAUUUCUGCACAGCUCAAAGACGGAAUGGGACAGAGCUCCACUCAAAGCAGGGCAUUGGGAUCACAGUGCUGUGGUGGCUCUUGGACUGAACAGACUCACUCUGAUGAGCUGAAGCACUACAGAGUUCUGGGUAUUAUUGAUAAGGUGCUGUUGGUGAUGGAUAAUAGAACACAGGAAACCUUUAUUUUGAAGGGAUUAAGAAAAAGCAGUUCAUGUGGGCGCAUUAAGAAGACUAUUGUACCUCGUACUGUGCCUAACAUGGUACAACUGGAGAAGUACAUCAUCUCAGAGGACUCCGUCUUUCUUUUACUGCAAUAUGCUGAAGGUGGUCAGCUGUGGACACACAUUUCCAAAUAUCUGCACGGCAGGAGUCCAGAUGAAAGCGUUAACAUGCCUUUGAUCCAGAAAGUGAACUCUGCAGCUAUGCAUUCUACCCUGACCCCUGUGCCCACUGGUUCCAGCAGUGUGGAUUCUCAGGGUCUAAACCUCGGGGAGCAUCCCUUAGCAGCCCAGCAGUCAGACUCUGGUGGCACCUCUGAAGAGGAGUAUACCAACAGCUAUUUGACGCUAUGCAAUGAGUAUGAGCAGGAGAAGCUGGAGCCAGAGGAAGACCAUAGCUCGAUUAAUCCUGUGGAUGCACAGAAACACACAUGUUCAGUGUUGAACACUGAUAGCCUGUGCUCUCCGAUUUCAAUACAGGAACUGAGCUUUUUCACUGAGGAGGAGCAAGCUAGCUUUAGGGAUCAAUCCACAGCUUCACCUGACAGUCUGAACCAAUCAUCGCCCUUGGAGCACUUCCAGAGUGAUAGAAAAGAUGCCUGUACGGCACUGUUGCCAUCAGAUGCUGAUGUCAAGGUCUUAGAGGAGCCCCUGCAGAAGCCACAGGUUAUGUCAGAUCUCUGGAGGGCUGAUGGGGAUCAGUGCUCAAAUGAGUUGGUGCCAGUCAUUUCCUUUAAAGAGGCUGUACUGGAGGAUGCCACUGUGAGCUGUGCUGUUGAGGGACAACCGCCUGAUCUUUUGGUCAAUCUUCCGGUGCUCGAAGCGGACACAGUGGAGACAGUAGAAGAAGAGCUAAUCCCUUUCAAUGCAGCGGCCAAAACUUCUCCUACAUUUGGUGGGCCGGAUGUUCUACAAGGAGGAGAAAAGGCAGAGUUGGGUCUGCCCAUUGAUUUGACAACUCUUCCUCUUUACAGACCAUCAGCAGCACCCUUUAGUAAAGACUUGAUUCCGUCUUCUUCCAUGCUGGACGCCGCUAUUUCUAAAACUCAGACAGGGUGUGUUGAACAUGAAGAUUUGGGGUUGGGGUCAGAAGGCACUUCAGGAGAGCAGGAGGUUGAGGAAGUGUCAAAGUUGUUUCAAGAACUGGAUAAGUUGGCUGCAGUUUCAUUAGAUACUCAUAUCCCAGAAGCUCUGGUAAGGAGCUGGGCUGCUGACAUAGUUGUGGCUCUGGACGCUCUGCAUCAGGAGGGAAUCAUAUGCCGAGACCUGAACCCCAGCAACAUACUACUAAACCACACAGGUCGUGUGCAGCUGACCUAUUUCUGUAGCUGGAGUGAUGUAGAGGAGUCAUGUGACCCUAACGCCAUCUCUAAGAUGUACUGUGCACCAGAAGUGGGUGGAAUCUGCGAAGAGACGGUAGCAUCUGAUUGGUGGAGUUUGGGAGCCCUUUUAUUUGAACUCAUAGUUGGAAAGUCUCUAUAUCAGUGUCAUCCUUCUGGCAUUGGUAGACACUCAUCACUGAACAUCCCAGAGUUUGUGUCGGAGGAGGCACGAUCGCUGAUGGAACAGUUGUUGCAGUAUAAUCCAGUGGAGCGGCUGGGCGCUGGAGUAGCUGGUGUGGAGGAUAUUAAGUCUCAUCCAUUUUUUUCUCAUGUGAACUGGACCAAUUAAUUAAUCAGAUCAUUUACUGGAACGAGAUGAAGGAUUCAAACGGUUUGAAAUCUGUCUCUGUAACACAUGCAGUGCAGCAAAACACAAGCUUAUUUCACCUAACUUUGCCUACAGAUGAUCAAAGUUUGAAGUGCGUUGUUUUAAAAUGCACAUUUCUUUUUAAUCAGACUAAUUUACAACGUGCCACUAUUUGUUUCAUUUAUAGUGUGAUUACAAAAAGCAGCUGGCAUCACUCAGACAUCUUUAGCAUGUGAGAAGGUUCGAUCCUAGUCGUUUCUUUUGUAAAAAUCCUUAUCAAACUCUACAUACUGUGCACUGAUCCAUCUAAUGCUCUGUUAUUUAUUAAAACACUCUUAUUGUCAGUA